AUGAAUAGCGUAUUAUGUGAUGAAGUUCAACCUGGCAGCGUGUUGUUACCAGCUACUCGGAGGGGUAGAUACUUGGCUAAUAUUGUCAGAAGACAGGCUGUCGAUGGAACUGGAAUAAAAUUUAAUAAAGAUGCUGAUAGGAUGAAUGCAGAAGCCAGAAAAAAAGUUGAUGUACUCUCGGAAGAACUUCUUCCGUAUAUAAUAGCAGAACAAGAAAGACGUACGACGCUAUACAAAAGAAUAAUGACAGCUAUUCAAAAUGGAGAGAAAGGGGUCACUAUCGCAGAGAUAAGGAACAAGCCUCCGCUAAUUAUAAGAAAAGGAAUGCUCUACCGUUGCCCUUCGAACCGAGCGCCUAAGGAACCAGACGGUUCCGGUGUUUUGAUGUGUGAAGAAGAUGUAGAACCUACUCAAAUCAUGUACGAUUCCUGUCUAAGUGCUGAAGAUAAAGAAUUAUAUGUCGCUGAAAAUAAAUACUUCUUCUGUAAUAGACAUAAAAUAGAAGGUCCUGACCUACCUCGUAAUGGGUCUACUGUGAUUGGUUGUGCGCCCAUUGAGAGGACAUCACUAAACUACACUACCAGCAAAUGCGCUUUGGAAGAUACAGACGAUGUCGUAGUUCAUUAUCGAUACUAUCCCGAUAGAACUUACAAAUUUGUAACAGAACUCGAUCCAGACAAAGAAGUGUGUGAUCACUGGAAUCCAUGUCAAAUUGGAUAUAUCUAUAGUUUGCCCUCACCAGAUCAAGCUUUGCUUGCUAAUGAAUUGUGGCGUAAG